AGAAGGAAGAGCAAGUCUCCACGCGUGAGGCCCAUCUUUCUUCGACUGUCCAAAGGACCAAAUCAGCUUCGCUCUGCAGCGAGUUUGCCAUGUUUGUUGGAUCUAGCCAUUAACUAACCUCCGACAACUGCUAAACGUACUAAAGCAACUCUCCAGCCUUCCUUCCCUCCCUCCCUUGCAUCCAAAUCCAAAUCCAAAUCUUUCCGCCGCCGAAGAAACAACACAUUUUCAUCAACGUCAUCAUUUGCGUUUGUCUGAGGCCAAAUGGGCACUUUCACCAGCUUCAGGAAAGCCUAUGGCGCGCUCAAGGACUCCACCAUGGUCGGCCUCGCAAAGGUCAACAGCGAAUACAAGGAUUUGGAUGUUGCGAUUGUCAAGGCCACCAAUCAUGCCGAGAGUCCUCCCAAGGAACGACAUCUUAGAAUAAUAUUUUCUGCAACAUCAGCUAUGCGCCCACGAGCAGACGUAGCCUACUGCAUUCAUGCUCUUUCUAGGAGAUUGGCUAAGACACAUAGCUGGACUGUUGCUAUAAAAACAUUGAUAGUUAUCCAUAGAACACUCAGAGAAGGCGAUCCGACCUUUAGAGAGGAGUUUUUAAGCUACUCAUACAGAGCACAAGUUCUCCAAGUAUCUAAUUUCAAGGAUGAUUCCAGCCUUCGUGCUGGGGAUUGUUCUGCAUGGGUCCGGGCAUAUGCACUCUUCUUACAGGAACGGCUUGAAUGUUUUCGAAUUUUGAAAUAUGACAUUGCAGCAGAGCGUUUGACUAAAACCUCACGAGGAGCAACCAAGGGGCAUAGUAGAACCCGACUCUUGAAUGGUGAAGAACUGCUAGAGCAGUUACCUGCAUUGCAGCAGCUUUUGUUUCGCCUAACUGGUUGCCAGCCGGAUGGAGCAGCUUACAGUAACUAUCUCGUUCAAUAUGCUCUUGCACUGGUACUGAAAGAAAGCUUCAAAAUAUAUUGUGCCAUUAACGAUGGGAUCAUCAAUCUAGUGGACUUGUUUUUUGACAUGGCCAAGAAUGAUGCAGUUAAAGCUCUCAAUAUCUAUAAAAGGGCUGGCCGACAGGCUGAAAUUCUUGCUGACUUUUAUGAAUAUUGCAAAGGACUGGAACUUGCCAGACACUUCCAGUUUCCAAUUCUGAAACAGUCUCCUCCAUCAUUUCUUUCAACAAUGGAAGAAUACAUAAAAGAAGCAUCUCAGAAUGGCUCUGUUUCCAAUAACCGAUUGGGUUACCGGGAGACCAGACAAGAACUAGAGCAGCCUGCAGAAUCUGCCCCUCAAGAUUGCAAAAACCAAAUUGAAGAAAUUGAAGAUAAACCAAUCAUAGAUACAAAAGAGGAACCUGAGCCUAAGAAGGAGGAAGCUCCACCACUAAUAUCAGCUGAAGAAACUGGAGAUCUGCUAGGUGUGAAUGAUGUAAAUCCAAAAGGUGAUGAACUCGGAGAAAGUAAUGCACUGGCUCUUGCCAUAGUUCCACCUAGUAACGAUCCUCCAUCAACCAAUCGAGAACUGACUGAAAUUGGGAAGACUUCAGGAUGGGAAUUAGCACUGGUCACCAUGCCAAGCAACAAAAAUAUCCAACUGUCUGACAGCAAAUUGGCUGGUGGAUUUGACAAGCUACUGCUCGAUAGCUUAUAUGAAGAUGACACUGCCAGGAGACAGAUUCAGUUGCAUAAUGCAGGCUACAGCACAGGCAAAAGAUACGAAAUGACUGCAGAAAACCCAUUUGAUCGACGUGAUUCAUUCAUAAUGUCCAACCCGAUGCUACCUCAGAACAACAUGCAGAUGGCUGCGAUGGCUCAGCAGCAACAGCAGCACGAACAGCAUCAUCCAAUGCUGCAACAACAAUAUCUACAGCAUCAACAAAGCAUGGCGAUGAUGGCCAGCCCCCAUCAGUAUUUGCCUCAGUAUCCACAGCAACAGUUUCCAUUCAUGACCAUGGGUCCUUCUAAUCCCUUUGGAGAUCCCUUUAACUAUCCACAGAAUGCUACCCCACAGCAUGGAAAUCAUACUUUACUUUAGCGUCAUAUAAUUUUUUCUGUUGUUUUUCCUUCCCCAAAUUCUUUCAUUUUUUUGACUACAUGGUUAAUUCUUUGGAGUAGGUGGAUUCUCUUGCUCUGUGCAGUUUAAAAGCUCAUUCUUUUGUACUUGGAGGAUUAGUGAUACUGGUGU